UGGUGACAGGUCGGUAUCGACACGGGCGCGCACGCAUACGAAAAGCAGAAGCCGCCAUGGACUUAUUACCUGAGCAAAUAGCGGCGCUUAGGAACCGAAAAGUCGAGUUGGACGAAUGCAACAACAACUCUCAGAACGAGAGCCACCUCCUGUCGAGGGCAGUGAGCGCUCUCGGAGACGAGGCGCUCAGCAUCGUGACGGUGCCGACGAAAGGCGGCGACGUGGAGAAAGUCCACGGCUUCGACGGCAGCAACGAGACGGUGCGGUGCCCAUCGGCGGGCAGCGUCCGAAGCGCAAAGUCCUCCGGUGUCACGUGGAACGAGAGCGUGGUCGAGCACUCUGUACAGAGCACGUCUAGGUACUCCAAGGAAGAGGACGUCGUGAGGCCGAGGAGGUUCUUCAGCAUUGUGCUUAGUUGCAUAUACGGGGUGUUCGUAUUCACCAUGGGUUCUACAUUCUGCGUUACCGACCGUGUUUUGGACGAAUUUCACGCACCCGAGAUCUUCAGCAUCGUGAUCGCGUCUGUUGGCAUGAGCUGGCUGGCGUUGUUCCACGUAGACAUCCUGAGAUACAAGUAUUCGGCCAGCCGGCAGGUGCGCUCCAAAGUGCGUCCCUCGCAGAUCGGCCUCUACGUGCACAGCGCCGCUAGCGUGUUCAGUACGUACGCCCGCAAGACUCCCGCGCCAGAGCUGUGGUUCCUGAGCGGACGGCACAGCGGCAGCUUUUACCUCAAAGGUGGCAUGGUCGUAUUCUGCUUUUGCCACUUGGUGAACGAAGGCCUCUUGCUACAGCGUAGCAUUCAAGCUCUGCUGUGGCACGGAUGCAACACGAAGGACGUGCUCAACAUAGUUUUUCACGUGCAAAGGCCGACAUACUCCUUUUACCAGCUGUUCAUGGCGUUCAAGUACUCAAACAUUGUGAUAAAUCAUUCAACUGGCUUCGUUAGGUUCGGGCUUAUGCACAUGAUUGGCACUUGCCUGUACUUCUGGUUCAGCAGCAUCGUGCAAGAGUAUCGGCAUAACACCCAUUACGGCGAUGACAGCGGAUACUUGGCGGUGAUGAACGAGACAGUGUACACGUACCACGGCAACGGUUCGAGCCUCAACGGAGGUCCCAUGUUAAACACUAUCGCCAUCACGCCAUACCUGCACCCGUUCACGAUCGAGUACAACAUCAUCCUCGCGGGCGUCUGGUUCAUCGUGUGGCAGAACGUGGGCACCGAACCGAGCCACCACUUCGCGCGGCGGGAGUCGAUGUUCGCGGAGUCGAGCACCGAUCAGCAGCACGACGCCAGCUACCAUAGCAACCUGGUCGUAAGCGCCGACUGUCACGCCGCCAACAAGGGCCUCUUCGCCGGCAUAUUCCUCCUGCUCACGGCCAUCGUGUCUCUCGUCAUCGGACAGGUGGCGUUCAGCGGUCCCCAUUUCGACGGCGUCGAGAGCAUCAUCUUCCUCGUCCAGGACACUGUCCUUAUCGUCGUGUCCCUCCUGGCCGUCGUCUGGGGCUACGUCAAAAUCUCCAAGCUGGACUGCAACGUCCACCCUAUCACGCUCCUCGAUGACGUAUUGCUGUACGUGCCGCUGCCUUUCUACUUCGUGUAUUACAUCAUGUCCGUUACCGCGGACGUCUGGUACUGGAACUUCACAAGCGUCGUCAGUCACCUGCUGACCGUCGCCCAGGUGGUGGUGCAGACGAUCUUCCUAAGCGACGGCCUCCGUCGAUGCAGCAACUCGAGGCGACACCGGUUCACCAAGCCGGGAAGGGAGAUGGUCACCUUCCUCAUCAUCUGCAACGUCACCAUCUGGGUGACGAACACGUUCAACAUGGAGAAGCACCAUUUGAACCAGAACGUCCGCCUCUGCUUCGGCGACGACGCCUGGGUCAUGGUCAAACACGCCACGUUCCCGCUGAUGCUCUUCUACCGUUUCCACGCUUCCGUGUGCCUCGCCGACAUCUGGAAGUCUGCUUACGAGAGUGGAGAUUGAACGCUCGUGAUGAACUCGUUUAAGGGCUCAGAUGCGUAUGCACCACGACCAGAGCGUCCCGCCUAGAACUAUUUAAUUGAUUUUUUUUCCUGGUAGAUUGUCGUAGCUGUAGUGUUUGCUGUUGUCGUUCUGUGUUUGUUGUCGUGCACUGCGAUGGUAAUUUAAAGACAGGGUGCCAGUACUAUUGUAUAUUCAGGGUACAUUCCAAGCCAUGAUGCCAUCAGUC